ACCCGGUUCUCAAAGUUUUUUGACUUCUCCCUCCUAAAAUUGCCCUAGGGUUCCAAACCCAAUUCCACACUCUUGCAGCCUACAGCUCUCUGAGAUAUGGGAAAACUAAAGAAAUCCAAAGAAGUAGCAGCAGCAAAACCAAAAUCUCCCAAAACCAAAACCGACACCGACAUUUUCCAAUCCCUAUUCGGAACCCCCCAAGACGCCGCCGUUUCCAUCUUCUCCUCCGUCAAUCCCUACAAACGAAACUCCCAUGAUCAAUCGGGGUUUUCUCCUGCUGAAUCUCUCAUUUCUCAAAACCCUAAUUUGAAGAAGGAGGAGGAGGAGACGAAGAAGAAGAGCAAGAGAAAGAGGGACAAGGAAUCCAAGGAAGAGAUAUCCCAAAACCCUAAUCUUGUUGAUGAUGAUGGUGAUGAUUCAGUUCUGGUCGCGGAGGCCCCAUUGGAGGCCAAGAAAUCGAAGAAAGAGGUAACCCUAAACGCUAAUUUUGUUUCCCAAUCCAAUUCGGGUUCCGUACCAAAAGGGGAAGAAAACCCUGAUUUGGGUUUGAAGGAUAGGGAGGAAAAGAAGAAGAAGAAGAGGAAAAGGGAUGAGCUUGAGAGACAGUACGAGGCGAAGAAAUUCGGUGCGGUUGAGGAAGAAGAAGAGGAAGAAAAACGGGAGAAGAAAGUGGUGGUGGGGGUGAAGAGGAAAACAGUGGAUAGUGUGGAGGAUAUGGUGGUUUCCAAUAACGGUUUCGACGACGAAAGCAAGCUUUUGAGGACUGUGUUUGUUGGCAACUUGCCACUGAAGAUAAAGAAGAAGGCCUUGAUCAAGGAAUUCAAACAAUUUGGAGAGAUUGAGUCUGUGAGGAUUCGGUCUGUGCCUGUCUUGGAUACGAAAUUACCGAGAAAGGGAGCCAUACUUUCGAAGAAAAUCAAUGAAGCUGCUGACUGUGUCCAUGCAUACAUUGUUUUUAAAACUGAGGAAUCCGCCCAGGCUUCUUUGUCCCAUAAUAUGGCUGCGGUUGCUGGAAAUCACAUUCGUGUAGACAGGGCAUGCCCACCUUGUAAGAAGUUGAAAGGGGAGAUUGGUUCACUUUAUGAUAGCAAGAGAACUAUUUUCGUGGGUAACCUCCCAUAUGAUGUAAAGGAUGAAGAACUCUAUCAGUUGUUUUCUGGUAUUGGUAAUCUGGGAUCCUGCAUUGAAGCCAUUAGGGUCAUUAGACAUUCCCAUAUAAGCCUCGGAAAGGGCAUCGCCUACGUCUUGUUCAAAACAAGGGAAGCUGCAAAUAUGGUUGUUAAAAAACGAAACUGGAAGCUUCGAGACCGAGAGCUAAGGGUCUCUCAUGCAAGAAAAGAUUCCACCCCUUCUAAGAGACCAAACCCAUCACCUGCUGAAGCUCCUACUGCCCCUGCCAAGAGGCUGGCCAUGGAUCCAAGGACUCCAAAGAGCAAUAACCGGGCAAAUACAAAGGCUCCCCUGUCCUACCAGGGCAAGCGUGCGCACAAAUCUGAUUUACAAAAGAGCGACCAUCCCAAAAGCAGUAGGCCAGGCCAUUUGAAUUCUAAAAAUCAGAGAGAGAAGUCAAAAGAACGGAUGCGGAAAAGACCAGCAGUUGCUGCCCGAAGGGCAAAAGAAACAGUGCGAAAGGAUGGUGGUUCUUCAAGACAAGCAGGGAUCAAACGCAAGCUAGAUAGCCAAACACCGGAGAGCUUCCAGCAGAGAAAGAAAUUCAAGAAAUCUAAGUAGGAAUACAAAGCGAAAGUUUCUGUAUUGUAGACAUGACUUGAGAGUAUAACGAUAUUGGUAAUGUAACUCUCAAGCUUGGGUGUAUUACAAAUGUUUUAUUUUUACUUUUUAAUUGAAAUGGAAAGUUUAAGAUCCUUGAAUCA